ACGCGGCGCAAGGGUGGUACUUUUGCCUGGGUACGUCCUCAUCAGUCACUUGCGCCGUCAACUGCGCAUAGUCGCGUCGUGCCGAUUAUCGCGUUGUGCCCUGGCAUUGUCGAGUCGUGCCGUCGCAUUGCGCACUGUCGCAUCUUGAGUGAACUGUCCAGAGUUUUGCCAGUAGAUGACAACAGGUAUAUAAAGCGCCAUGGUAUAUAUACGAGAGUGCGUACUGUUCAACACUACGCAAACGAGAUUGUACUUGACACUGUUAAUUGUGAAGAGCGCCACCUGUUGUUUGAUUAUCAUGACCAUAUCUCUGCUUGUGUGUCUCAAAAAUCGUUGGAGCAGCUGCAGCACUGCUCUAGCUGCACUGAGACAGCUCGAUGUACCGGUCCGUGUGUAAGCCCCAAAAUCAAACACAACAUGGAGAUGGAUCUUCAUUUGGAAGCACAAACCACUCUGCAAACCACAGGGUCUGAGUCCGUUAACACAGACAGUAUGGACAUGGAACAUGGAGAAAGCCCAGACAAGGAGGCUACUAGUAAGAGUGCCACAGAAACCAGGGGUGCUACACCUGAAACAAUACGGGAAGGCCAGGCUACGAUCAUCUUCCCCUCAUUGAAUGAGGUGUUCUACAAUCCUGUUCAGCAAUUCAACCGAGACCUGACUAUUGCUGUUAUUAGUGUACACGCUGAGCUACAACUUGCUGCCAAAGGAUUGAAAGUUUCAUAUGAGCCCAGAAAUCAAGAGCCUGACACAGCCGACAAUGGUGCAACGUCAACAGAAGGAAGCAACGACCCUAGCGUGGCAACAGACACCUAUCGUCCCGGUGAAUAUUGCCAGGAAGGCCUGUGUGUUCUAGAGGGUUUGUCUGCUACCGGGCUGAGAGGUGUACGAUAUGCCAAGGAGAUCCCGGGAUUAAAAAACAUUGUGGCCAACGACUGGAAUGUCGAAGCAUUCAAAGCAAUUGAACGGAAUAUACAACACAACGGAGUAGAGCACCUUGUCACUGCAAGCCAUGCUGAUGCAUCGCUUCUCAUGAAUCAAUAUCGGCUGAGUGACCGUGUGGACGUUGUGGAUUUAGACCCUUACGGCAGCCCAGCUAAGUUUCUGAAUGGCUCAAUGCAAGCUGUGAAGGACGGCGGGAUUCUCUGUGUGACCUGUACAGACAUGGCGGUGCUGUGUGGUAAUCGUAGUGAAGCUUGCUAUGCCAAAUAUGGAGCUAUGUCACUCAGGACAAAGUACUGCCAAGAAAUGGCCUUACGUAUUGUUCUGCAUUCCAUAGAGACCCAUGCUAAUCUGCAUCAUCGAUAUAUUGAACCUCUCCUAUCUGUCAGCAUUGACUUCUACAUCCGACUCUUUGUACGAGUGCAUACCAGCCAGUCAAAGGUCAAGCACUCGGCUGCCAAGAAAGCUCUGGUGUAUCACUGUGAGGGAUGCGAUAACUUCCAUCUUCAGAGAAUGGGCCGAGUGAUUCCAAUUGGGACAGAUGCCAAGAACUUCAAGUACAAGAAUACGUAUGGACCACCCGUCGGCACAAAAUGUGAAAACUGCAACUCCAGAUUCUUACUAGGAGGACCGCUAUGGGUAGAACCAAUCCAUGAUCCUGACUUUGUGAAGAAACUCUUGUCACAUGUCAACGCCCACUCAGAUCGUUUCCAUACCAGUCCAAGGAUGAAAAGUAUCCUGACACUCGUCAGCGAGGAGCUUUUGGACUGUCCCUUCUAUCACAAGUUCAGCCAGCUCUUUCAUCAUGUCCGCAGUGCCUGCCCGCCAAUGAAGAAGUUCCGUUCUGCGUUGUUGAACGCCGGCUACCAAGUGUCUUUGUCACACAUCACAGCUGAAGCCGUCAAGACAAAUGCUCCUCAUUCUGUCAUCUGGGAUAUUGUCAAAGAGUGGGUGAAGCAAAAUCCCACUCCAAGGAAACGGAAGCUAGAGGAGGACUGCAUCAGUAAUGUCAUAUUGAACAAAGAGGCAAGGAUCACAGUGUCAUUUGAUGUCAGGCAGGACGCAAUGCCGAUGUCACACAAACAGGGAAUGACGAGAUUUCCUGCCAAUCCAGCACCAAACUGGGGCCCCAAGGCCAGAGCUAAACCAUCGUCUUCAUCAGAAACUCUGGAGGAGAAGCGAGCAAGGUUACAGGACAAGCGAGCAAAGCCCAAGGAACCAAGAACACAGACUGAGACAUGACCCCGCUGGAAAACUCACUGUCUCUGAGUUUGCUGUAAAUAUGAACAACUAUGAAAUGCAAUUAAAGGCAAUAUACAACAUUUGCUUUUGCUGUAAUUUUCAGAAAUGAGUGGAUUUGGGGGUUAGUAUUUUAAAACAAAUAUUGUAAUACUGUCUUUUUUUCCCGUUUUUGGUUG